UUAUUAGGAAAAUAAAAUUUCACAUGGAAUAUCUGACCUAAUAUAUAUAAUAUAUUUUUUUUUUCAAACAAAACAAGGCUAAAUAUUUGCAGCCAUUGUUGGUCUUAACAAGGUUGACCCAAAAACGCGACAAUGUUCAGCGCGCGUCUAACCAACGCGGCGACGUCUCCAUGCUUCAAACAUUCUUCUGAAAUUCAAUCCUCCGUUUCACUCCCUCUCUCUCUUCACCCUCACUCGUUCAUUCUAAACUCCGCCACGCGCCACACUCUCUCACUCUCCACGCCACAAAACCACGCGCUUCCCUUGCAGCCGCCGCGUUCGGAUGACGCCCCUCCCAACGAGACGCGUCUGAACAAGCUAUACCUCAACCGCAGGAAAACCGAGUUCUCACGCCAAGUGUUUGAUAAAAUUCCCAAACGAGACGUCAAGGCAUGGAAGUUUAGUAUUAUGAUUGCCAGGUUUGCGCGCAAUGGCAUGAUAAAAGAAGUUUUGGACUAUACUAGGUUGAUGUUGGUGGAAGGAAUAAACCCAAAUUUGUUUUUAAUGACAGUUAUUCUUGACGGUAUAGGGAAAGUUGGUGCACGGAACUUAGGUAGAGAAGCACAUGGCUUUGUGGUGAAGAAUAUGUAUUACAAGGAAUUGUCGAUUCUAUCAGCAUUGAUCGAUAUGUAUCGCAAGUGUGGCGAUGUUGGGUCGGGGAGCCUAGUUUUGUUUAGUGUGAUGGAGAGGAAGGGAGAUUUUUGGAUUGGAUUGGUUUCCGGGAGACUUGAGAUUCAAAUGAGGUCCGUGAUUCGGUUGAAGAGGUUCCGGCCAGGUGCUGCUGCGGUUGCCUCUUUACUUCCCAUUUGUGCACAGUUGAGGGCUCUGAAGCAAGGGAAGGAGAUUCAUGCUUAUUCUUUGAGACAUUGGCUUCUGCCUAAUGUGCCGAUAGUGUCUUCUUUGAUGGUGUUGUACUCUAAGUGCGGUGUGAUUGAGUAUUCCAUCAAACUUUUUGAUGAAAUGGAGAGGAAGAAUGUGGUUUCUUGGACUGCCAUGAUUGAUUCAUACAUUGAGAAUGGGCGUGUGUGUGAAACUCUUGGAGUGAUGAGGUCAAUGGCAUGGACGACGGAGCAUAAGCCGGAUACUGUCACCAUGGCUAGGAUGCUACAUGUGUGUGGGGAGCUGAAAGUUUUAAAGCUUGGGAAGGAAGUUCAUGGACAAGUGUUGAAAAGGGGUUUUGCAUCAGUCCAUUAUGUUGCUGCUGGAGUCAUUGAUAUGUAUGGGAUUUGUGGAGAUGUUGAUAAAGCAAAGUUGGUAUUUAGUCUGGUUCCUGAUAAAGGUUCAACGGCAUGGAGUGCUCUUAUUAGGGCCUAUGGGCAUAAGGAAUGGUAUCAGGAGGCAAUAGAUAUUUUUGAUGACAUGAUUUCAAAUGGUUGCUCUCCGAACCGCUUCACUUUUGAAGCUGUUCUAUCUAUAUGUGAUAGGGCUGGGUAUGUUGAAGAUUCUUUUAGGAUCUUUGAUUUGAUGUCGAGGUAUAAAAUUGAAGCAUCCAAAGAACACUGCACUUGCAUGAUCCGACUCCUUACCCGCUAUGGUAAACUAGAUGAGGCUCAAAGAUAUUUAGAAAUGAGUUCUUCCUUAUAGCCGAGGACAAGAGAUAAUAGGACUUUCUGUGAAUGUUUCUAUAGAUUGUUAACAUUUUUAGGCUAUGCUUAUUAUUGACUUACCUAACAGCUGUUAUCUCGGCAAAACCUGUUUAAUAUAAGCAAUGACCACAAAUGCGGGGAGUACUUGAAUACCUUCCAUCAGAAAGGGAGUCCUCUUUCCCGCAGCAGGCAGUGCACUCCUUCGUUAGCUCUUCCUCGUGCACUCUGAUCUCGAUGUUUUAGCUUUGUUGCAGAAACUGUUCAGAAUUUUGGGUUCAAGUAACAACCACCAAAAGGGGUCUUUAUAGCUUCUCUCAAAGAAAUUACCAACGGGUGAUUAUCUUUCGGAGCACUGCUUUCUUUCAUUUACCUAACUUUUGUUGAGUUUGGGAUCUUACGAUGUUGUAUAAUUUGCUGGCCUGACAUUUUCAUGCUCAGGAUGCAAGCUGCCACUUCUGACGAUUGAUUUUUUGUCCGUUGAUGGACUUCUCAAUGCUAUUACCUGUUAACUAAUUCGCUCUGGCUUUCGAAUCUCAGCAAUAUAAGUGUAGUUUUUCAAGUCAUGGUGUUCGAAUUUGAAGUUUAGCUCUCGCCAGCAGGAUCAUACGGCGCAAUAUAGUGUAGACGAUCUUAUGAUCAUAUGGAGCGUCAUGGUAACAGUGCUAUGCAUCAACAUACAGAUGGCAGAAUUGGUUAUUUUGUUAUAUUGCAAGGAUAUUUUCUGCUAUUCACCAAUACUAUUCAAUUUUGGACCAUUGGUGAGAAAUGAUCAUAUCUAAGCGACUCUUGUGUUUCCAUGUCCACUAGGAUGGUGAGAAAUGAGAAUAUGCUACCCUUGUGUUCUAUCUCCACAAGACCUUUUAUUUUUGGAAUUUACAUGCAAAUGAGUUGCUUCAUUCAUUGUAUCGGCUUAUUGUAAUACUACACAAAGAGGCAAAUUCCCAAAUUCAUUCACGAUUUAGGACCAUUCCCAAAUUCCCAAUCGUGUUGAAAGUUAUGACUCUGGACCAUAUCCAACAUUUAGGUUCUCCAUUAUUUCAUGUUCUGUAGAACAAUAACUUAUGCAACUUGAUGAAUUUUAAUUAAUGCAGUGUAAGUUAGCGUUUGCCCCUGUUUGUCUCCUUAAAACCAGCACUAUAUAGGAUUUUAUUAACCCUAAAGACCACAUUAUAUUAUUAGUCAAAGCUAACGGUUAAAGCAAUAGUAUUUUACGAACCCAAACAACUCAGCAAAAACUCAGAAACAGAGUUGACCUAAAAACCUCUUAUAAUCAAUCAAAACAACACUCCCACAAAGCCACCCAUUUUAUCUCAACACAAAAUCCAAAAGAAAUUGAAACAAAGAUGCAUCUUUAUGUAGAUUAAACCCGAAAAAUUGAAAACCAGAUGCAUGUGCACAUGUAAACUAA